AUGGUUUAUCCCGAUACUUUUGAAGGUUUCAUGGUUAACUCCCACGAGCAAUGGAGUUAUUUCCAGAAACAAGAAUUCAAACCUAAGCCACUUGAAGAUUGGGAUGUUGAGAUUGCGAUUGAGGCGUGUGGUGUGUGUGGGAGUGACGUCCACACCCUCACCGGAGGCUGGGGCCAAGCAAAUCUUCCUGUAUGUGUAGGACAUGAAGUUGUUGGCAAGGUGGUUGCUAUCGGUCCAGAAGCUACUACCGUUAAGAUUGGUGAUCGUGUUGGUGUUGGUGCCCAGGUGUGGGCGUGUCUCGAGUGCAAAAUUUGCAAGUCAGGCAAUGAAAACUACUGUCCUCACCAAGUUGACACCUACAACUGUUACUAUCCCGACAAGUCUAUGGCAUAUGGUGGUUACGCAAGCCACAUCCGCGCACACGAAUAUUUUGUCUUCGCGAUUCCCGAAAGCUUAGAGUCAAGCCUUGCAGCCCCGAUGUUGUGUGCUGGUAUCACGUCUUACAGUCCUCUUUCGCGCGCCAAAAUUGGCCCGGGAAAAACUGUUGGAGUAGUUGGAAUCGGCGGUUUGGGACACUUUGGUAUUCUUUUUGCUGCAGCUCUGGGGGCCGAAGUCUAUGCAAUCUCACAUUCUCCAAACAAAGAAGCUGAUGCGAAGAUCCUCGGCGCUAAAGGCUUUAUUUGUACCAAGGGCGAUGGCUGGAACGAGCCCUGGAGAAACAAUUUCGACUUUAUUCUCAACACGACCGAUGCUACGGAUCGCUUCGACAUGGCUGCGUAUUUCAGUCUCUUAACUAUCAAUGGUACAUUUCACACUGUUGGUAUUUCGGACAAGGCAUUCCCGCCUCUCCGAACGCAGGACAUGAUGGGCAAUGGUUGCUCGAUUGCUGCUAGUCAUAUUGGCAGCAGGCAAGAGGUACAGGAAAUGCUUCUAUUGGCCGCUAAACUCGAUAUCAAGAGUUGGGUUGAGACAAUCGAUAUCAGUGAGCAGGGAUGCAAAAUCGCUGUCGAGAAAGUAGUCACUGGUGAUGUUAGAUAUCGAGUCACGCUAGUUGGCUAUGAUAAGGUGUUUGGCGCCAGAAAGUGA